AUGAAGCUUGCAGCGUUUCUUGCUGCGUCAGUUUCGGCCGAUGUGCUCGAAACUGAAGAGACUUUCAACAAAGAAUUCGUCGAUGAAUUGACGGAUGGAGAUAUUCGCGGAAAUUUUGGGCCAUUUUUUCAGAAGAAUUCUAGAUCCGCUAUCAGGUCUGAUUUUGUCCGAUGGCCAUCAUCAACCAACUACGUCCGGAUCCCGUUCGAAAUGGCCAGCCACAUGCCAAUCGUUGCCCGUGGAAUCGCCCAAGAUGCACAGCGAAAUUACGCCCUCCGGACUUGCAUCGAUCUCCAGCCCUGGCAAGGCGAAGAGGACUACGUCUACAUAACACAAAGCGGCGGUUGCUGGAGCUACAUCGGCUGGGCUUACAAUGGAGGACAACAAUUGUCGAUCGGCGAGCGAUGUACAACUCAAUCUGGCACAUUCCAGCACGAGUUUAUGCACGCUCUCGGCAUUUUCCACGAACAAUCGAGGCCCGACCGCGACACAUACGUCGAAAUCAACGAAGAGAACAUCCAAGACGGCACUUUGAACAAUUUCAACAAGUACGACUUCAACUACGUCGACAUCAAGGAUGUCCCUUACGAUUACGAAAGCGUGAUGCACUACGGCGCCCGUGGAUUUGCGAUCAACAGCACUAUCGAUACAAUCAUCACGAAAAUUCCUUAUUUCUCGAAAGUGAUUGGCCAGCGCAAGGAUUUUUCCCGAGGUGAUGUUCAAAAAAUCAACAAUAUGUACGAAUGCUCCAUUCCUCUCCGAAACUCAUAUUCUGUCGACUUCACCGAAAUGAACUGGGGAGGUUUUGUCAACGAGCCCGUCGACAAUCCCGACUUUGAGGAGAAAGAAAACCGAAUUGAUUGGCGCCAAUAUGACGUGAGCGAGAAAGCUCUAGUUGGAGACACCAGCUAUCACGGGACAAAUGGUCAAAACGCGCCGAAAACUCGACAACUCGUUUUCCCGGAUUCCGAUCAAUCCGACGGCCGAUUUGACCACGGCCGAUACCUGGCUCUGAACGGCUCUUGGUUCGAAGGCGACGAUCACACCGGGAAAACAGGCAUUCUUCAGUCGAAACAAUUCACAACAACGACGAAGCAACAGUGUCUGGAAAUCUGGACGAACAUCAAGUCCGCUCAGCCGACGGAGCUAAAGGUUGAAAUUUGGGAGUCUGAUGAUCGAUUCGGAGAAGUUGUUGGUCGAUUUCCUGUUCAACGAUUUACCAUCACAGCUGAAGAGCAACAACGAUGGGAGAGCAAUAGAUGGACGAUCGAUGCCCCGGAGCGAUUCAAGGUUCUUAUUACGAGCACUCUUACCAGCGAUGAAGAUGUCAUCGUCGUCGAUGAUAUUUCCGUGUUGGACAAGGUCUGCGAGAGUCACUCCUGGCCGAUCUACGGGUUCCAGGAACUCUACGAUAGCAAGGAGAAGGGCGAGUACAUCACUUCCGAAAUGAUGACCGCACCCACAGGCCACAAGUUCAAACUGCGAUUCUACCCGAAAGGACAUCCUGACAGUGACGGAACUUAUGCUUCUUUGUUCUUUCAUCUUCAUGAGGAAUCGAAUAAUAUUCCCGGGCUCAAGUGGCCGAUGGUCGAUCAGUACUUGAAGUUCAUCGUUCAAGAUCAAAUCUCAGACGUCGUCAAUCGAAUGGAUCAAAAUCGAAUCCGCUCGACGGAAAUUCUCGAGAAUGAUCCCGAGUCGCCAGAGGGAAUUUGGGGAAUGGUCGAUGAUGCAGAUCACGAACGCCUGUCGGAAAAAUCUUCAGUUGGAUACCAGACGAUGAUUCCUCUUUUCGACUUGUUUGAAGCUUCUUAUUCUUACAUCAAACACGACAUGGUGAUGUUGAUGCUUGAUAUGCGCGAUCUGAGCACCCUCGAUACAUCUUCAAAACUCGACCGAUGCAUGCAACAAUGCCCGGACGAAUGGUUUGACCAGGGUGUCUCCUGUCUGCCAGACAAGGAAAAAGCUGGAGAGUACUCUUGCCAGUGCAGAAAACCAUUCAUCGAAACAAUUGUCGAUUGGAAGAUCUCCUGCACCUGCCCAGAAGGAUACGAGUACAACCCAAAUGCGAUCAACGAAGAAGUCGAACGUCUCACUUGCUUUUCUCUUUGCGAUUUCCCAGAAACAAAUCCAUGUAACGAGGAUCAAAUUUGCGAGCAAACUCCAUCUGGGGCAGUCUGCAAGAGCGAGAACGAUGCUCUUUUUCCUCGAUCCGCGACUGUCGAAGAAAUGGAUGAUUCAUGGAACGAAGUUGAAGAAGAAGAUUUCAUUUUUGGCUACACCCCACUUGAAUUCGGUCUUGCUGUUGCCCUUGGAGUUGUCAGUGCGAUGCUUGUUAUGGUGACUCUCUUUGCUUUUUGGCGACAUGAGCGAGAAGAUCCUCGAUCCUGCGAAACCAAUUCGAACCCAGCUUUCAAGUCCCUUUAG